AUGGCAGGAGGGCUGCUGGCAGGCGGAGGUCUCUGUAAGCAGAUUGAUUGCAAGACAACGAGCCGUGGAACAUUCGGAGCCCCUGUGAAGACAGAUGGAGAAGUCCCACAGGAUAAGGACCUGCGCAUCAUAGGCCUAGAUGAGCUUAGGGCUCACAACAAUAUGGACGAUGGACUUUGGAUCUCUUUCAAGGGCCACGUCUACGACGUUACGAACUUCGCUAAGAUCCACCCAGGAGGCCCAGGUCGAAUCAUGAUGAUGGCGGGCACCGACCUCCAAAAAUACAUGGACGUCUACCACGUCCAUCCAGAUGUAAGUCAUUUUUUGGAUCGCAAUUGCCUCAUCGGACGCCUGAGCAAGUCUGAUGGAAAGAAAUCCUACGAGGAGACCAUCUUUUCAAAUCCCUACGCGGACGAGCCGGAGCGAGACUUGCAAGAAACCAUUGCAAGUGCACCUCGAUGGGCAAACUUGAUGGGAAAAUACCUUCUGGAAUCCUUCUACACUCCAAUUCGCGGUUUCUAUGUGAGAAAUCACUUCCCAGUUCCAACUUGGGAUAAUGUCGAGGAGGACUACGAGUUCGAAGUCAACACACCCGGCUCUAAGAGCCGGGUGUUCAAGCUGCAAGAUCUGAGGAAGCUACCUCAAGCCACUGUAGAAAGCACUAUGAUUUGUGGUGGAGCUGCAAAGUAUCCUCGUUACUUGCAUCGCACGGACAAUCGGGACAAUUGGGAGGAGGUGGAGUUUCCUAGGAACGAAAUCAACAACAACUUUUGGGGCAGCCACGCUGUUUGGACUGGUGUGAAAGUUCGUGAUGUGCUUCGUGCCUGUGGUGUAGAUGUGGAUUCCAUUGCCUUGGGAGCGCAACCGUUGCCUGCAAAGUAUUUGCGACUGACGGGCCAUGACAUGGAUGAGACCGGCUCCAACUUUGGAGUAACCAUUCCCUUGGAAAAGGCCAUUGAUCCUUUUGGUGAUGUCAUCCUUGCACAGACCAUGAACGGCGAGAUUCUGACCCCUGACCACGGCUAUCCAGUGCGUGUCUUGGUACCCGGCUUCGCUGGAGUCCGAAACUGCAAGUGGUUGGCGAAGAUGGAGCUCAGCGAUGGGCUGCAUGAGAGCCACGUGGACACCCAUACAGAUGAAGUGAUCUACCCACCAAACAUGAACUUCGAAGACCACAUUGCAAAGACCGUCCUCACAGGAGGUGAAGUCAAGAGGGCUGGAAGAUUCGAAGUCAGGCAAGACAACUCCAUCUUCCGCGUCAUGGAGAUGCCUGUUCACAGCAGUGUCAUUGUCCCAGAACCCAAUGAGACCAUUUCUGCGGCUUCGGCGUUGGCGGAUGGCGUCGAAGUCCGAGGUAUCGCGCUUGGAGGAGGAGGUCAUCGCAUUGCUCGCGUUGAUGUCUCCAUCGACGGUGGCAAGACCUACAUCCCCGCAGAAUUAGAUGACCAUGGCAUGGAGAAGGUGCACAGGCGCAACUAUCACUGGUCUUGGUAUUGGUGGUCAAAGAAGGUGCCGCUGACAGAAGAGAUGAAGCAUCAACUUCGGAAUGGAAAGCAAGUCGCCUUGAAGGUGGCCGCUCGUGCCAUGACUGAGCACGGCAACACCCAGCCAAGUCGCGAUGAUGCAGUGUCGCUCUACAAUUUGGUUGGCAACAUUUGCAACAAUCAGACUCACACACCUGUCAAGGUUGAGCAAGAUAGUGCUGCGUGAGUCUACGUCACAGAACCACGUAGUUGUUUGUACAGUUCCGUGUAGGAAGAGCCUUGAAUUAUAAGAUCCACACUUACACUGUCUUUCAUGAAGCAGAACAGCUGCACUCAAAUUGCAACCAACUGCCAUAGUGUGAGUACUUCUACGAGAUGCAAAAGCCGUCUUCUUUCCAUGAGCUGCAACCAAAUACAUUGCAAUCAUUAAACGAUUGGAG